AUGGAGUCCAUGGGAUUAAUAUGUUCUCUUUUAAUGUUCUUGUUGAUCGGAAUGAACUUAUGUAGUUGCUCCAGAUUGAGCCAGUUCGACCAGAGUACCACUCCAGUGAAGUCUAUUGAGACUAGCGAUGGCGACGUAAUUGAUUGUGUGCCUUCGGACAUCUCAAAUCAACCAGCAUUUGAUCAUCACCCAUUGAUCAACAAUAAUGAUAUACAGAAAAGGCCAUUUAGUGUAAAGAAAUCGAUAACGCAGUCAUGGCAUUUAGAUGGGAGUUGUCCUAAGGGAACCAUUGCUGUGAAAAGAACAACACAAGAGGAAACCACACGUGCUAACUCAAUGAAGAGGUUCAGGAUUAACAGUGUUCAGGAAAGCAAUUUUCAAGCUGCAUCAGACACAGAUACCUCUUCCACAAGCAGUGGAUUUGAGCAGUCUGCAGCCAUGUAUGUGGAUGAAGGAAAUUACUAUGGAGCAAUGGCUACCAUGAACGUAUGGAACCUCAAAGUUAGACCCAAUGAAUUCAGUUCCUCGGCGAUUUGGGUCGUUGGUGGUUCGGGUUCCGAUCAAAACAUGAUUAUAGCUGGUUGGCAUGGGGACAAUUUCAAUUCUACUGGAUGCUACAACUUGUAUUGUACAGGCUUUGUGCAGACCAGUAACAAAUUUGCAUUAGGAGCACCUUUUCCCACUCUCUCCACCAUAGAUGGCGUGCAAGCUGAAUUUGAUGUGAUUAUCUAUAAGGGCCAAUUUGGCUGGAAUCUACAGUUGAAUGACUUCAUACUUGGUUAUUGGCCAUUUUCAUUAUUUACCAAUCUGAAAAGCAAGGCAUCAUGGGUUGCCUGGGGAGGAUUGGUCUUCAACUCACAAAUUGAUGGCAAACAAAGCACAACAACUCAAAUGGGAAGUGGCCAUUUCCCUGAGGAAGGGAUUAAGAGAGCAAGUUAUAUGAGACAUCUUCAAGUUUUUAAUGAGACCUUGUAUUCAAGAAGGCUUGACUCUCCGAAGCUUUUAACUGCAACAGCAAACUGCUACAAUGCAACAUUCGCAAAUAACGAGCUAAUGGGGGAUUUCAUUUUGUACGGUGGUCCAGGAAGAAACCCUAAUUGUCCAUGA